UCUUUUUAUCUCGGGAUUUUUCACCGUCUAUUGCCUUUUGUUUAUAUUCAAAUGACAUACCGUUAAAGAAGCCUUUUUUUAUGUGAAUGCAAUGCUUUCUCCCCUCCUUCUGUAGAAAAUCUGCUUGCCACAGGCAGGCAGAGCAUGUGUUUCUCUUGUCUUGGUUGGGUGCACAAAUCUUCUUUUAUGUGUGCUGCUUCUUACCCUGUUGCCUAGACGAUCACUGGCUUUCACUAAGGAUGUCUGGUUCUCGUAAAGAGUUUGACGUGAAGCAGAUUUUAAAAAUCAGAUGGAGGUGGUUUGGUCAUCAGGCGUCAGCCCCUAAUUCUGCAAUUGAAAACCACCAGGGAGACUUCUGGAAUAGAGGGCAAAAUGUAACAACUACAACUGGUGGCACAAAGUUUUUAGAUUCAGGUAACCUACCUUUAACAUCAGUUGGUUACAGAAGGUCCAGCCAACAGGAUUUCCAGAAUUCACCUCUUUGGCCAAUGGCAUCCACCUCAGAAAUUCCUACAUUUGAAUUCUCAGCGGAAGAUUGUGGAGGUGCACGUUGGCUUGACAGACAAGAAACAGAUGAUAGAGCAAGUGAAGAAGAAAAUGAAUCGGACAGCAGUUCGUGCAGCAGAACCUCCAACAGCAGUCAUACCUUAUCAUCUUGUCAAACUAUGGAGCCCUGCACCUCAGAUGAAUUUUUUCAGGCUCUCAACCACGCUGAACAAACUUUUAAGAAGAUGGAGAAUUAUCUCAGACACAAACAGCUAUGUGAUGUGGUGUUAGUUGCUGGUGAUCGCAGAAUUCCAGCUCACAGAUUGGUUCUCUCCUCUGUUUCGGACUACUUUGCGGCAAUGUUCACUAAUGACGUAAGGGAAGCAAGACAGGAAGAAAUCAAGAUGGAAGGUGUGGAGCCAAAUGCUUUGUGGGCUCUGGUUCAGUAUGCAUAUACAGGUCGCCUUGAAUUAAAAGAAGAUAACAUUGAGUGCCUGUUGUCUACAGCUUGCCUUCUUCAGCUCUCUCAGGUUGUAGAAGCAUGCUGUAAAUUCCUAAUGAAGCAGCUUCACCCAUCCAAUUGCCUUGGAAUCCGAUCUUUCGCUGAUGCGCAGGGUUGCACUGACCUGCACAAGGUGGCUCACAAUUACACUAUGGAAAACUUCAUGGAAGUAAUUAGAAACCAGGAAUUUCUAUUAUUGCCAGCCACUGAAAUUGCAAAGCUUUUAGCAAGUGAUGACAUGAAUAUUCCUAAUGAAGAAACUAUACUGAAUGCACUACUUACGUGGGUUCGACAUGACUUGGAACAGAGAAGGAAAGAUCUCAGUAAACUCCUGGCUUACAUUAGACUGCCUCUGCUUGCUCCACAAUUUCUGGCAGAUAUGGAAAAUAAUGCACUCUUUCGGGAUGACAUUGAAUGUCAAAAACUCAUUAUGGAAGCAAUGAAGUACCAUCUGUUGCCAGAGAGACGACCUAUGUUGCAAAGUCCUCGCACCAAACCUAGAAAAUCUACAGUGGGCGUGUUGUUUGCAGUUGGAGGAAUGGAUGCAACAAAAGGAGCUACAAGCAUUGAAAAGUAUGAACUUCGUACCAAUAUGUGGACUCCUGUAGCAAACAUGAAUGGACGAAGGUUACAGUUUGGAGUUGCAGUCUUAGAUGAUAAAUUGUACGUUGUUGGUGGCAGAGAUGGGCUGAAAACAUUGAAUACUGUGGAGUGCUACAACCCUAGAACGAAAACUUGGAGCGUAAUGCCACCUAUGUCCACUCAUCGUCAUGGUCUUGGAGUAGCUGUAUUGGAAGGUCCCAUGUACGCUGUAGGAGGACAUGAUGGCUGGAGCUACCUGAAUACAGUAGAAAGAUGGGAUCCACAGGCUCGUCAGUGGAACUUUGUAGCUAGUAUGUCAACUCCAAGGAGCACUGUUGGUGUAGCAAUAUUAAAUGGAAAGCUUUAUGCAGUUGGUGGUCGAGAUGGAAGUUCUUGUCUUAAGUCAGUAGAAUGUUUUGAUCCUCAUACAAACAAGUGGACCCUCUGUGCUCAGAUGUCAAAAAGAAGAGGUGGUGUAGGAGUAACCACCUGGAACGGGUUCUUGUAUGCAAUAGGCGGUCACGAUGCCCCAGCAUCAAACUUAACAUCCAGGCUGUCAGACUGCGUAGAAAGGUAUGAUCCAAAAACAGAUAUGUGGACUGCUGUGGCCUCUAUGAGCAUUAGCAGAGAUGCAGUGGGAGUAUGUCUUCUUGGUGACAAGUUGUAUGCUGUUGGAGGAUACGAUGGUCAAACAUACCUUAAUACAGUGGAGUCUUACGAUCCCCAGACAAAUGAAUGGACACAGGUUGCACCAUUGUGCUUAGGAAGAGCUGGAGCAUGUGUGGUGACUGUGAAACUGUAGAUUGUCUUCUCUAUGAAGGUGACAUUCUCCUCCAUAGACUCAGAUGAUUUUUUUCCUCAAGAAAACUACCAGUGCACCAGUAAACAGGAGGUGCAGACAAUCUGCCACCGCAAAGUGUUUGGUCUCAAGCUAACAUGUACAUGUUGUUCUUACGGACCAGUAUUAAGCACUUUUUUCAAAAAGUCAUCUUUGUUAUCCGUAUGUUACAAGAAUUCUAUUUGUAAGAAAAUCAGCUGCAACCAGUCAGUUGCCAGCAGAGGACUUCUGUUUAGGAAGUGCUGAGAAAUGAGUGAACUCAUUAGUGAAGUCACUAUAAUAAUCAAGUGUUACAGAUCUAGGACCUUGAUCCACCAAACAUGCAGAGGAGUGAUACUAUAAAUGAUAUAAUUUGAGUCUAUAUCUGGGUGAAACAAGUUAUAGCAUUGGACCCCAUAUAUUUAAUUUGCCUAUAAUAAACAUGUUUGGCUAGAGCUGUCUGAGCUGUUACGACGCAGGCUGACAUACCAAUGCAAGCCAUUGUAAAUGGUAGGCGUAAUGCCUGCCUUGGAAAUGAAGUUGUGUAUUUGGUGAAUCUUUUGCACUUUUAUCAUCAUUCCUAGUUUAGCAAACUUUUUAUUUAACCAAAGCCUUAUUUUAAAUAUUGUCUUAUUAUGCUAACAGAAAUCUGCUAUUUAAUAAUUUCUGCUGGAGAUUUUUGACAUCCAGUGUACUUUUUGGAUUUUCUAAGUUUUUACAUGAGAUGCAGAACAUGGUAACUUUUUCUCUACUUUGAUUCUUAUAUUUACUUUGCUAUUUUUAAGGAAAAAUCUAUAAGCAUGAAUUAUUGGAAGAAUUCUAAAGUGUGAUUAAAAGCUAACCAAUUUAAGUUUAAUAUUUGCACUUUGGAAUUUUUUAAGCAUUCCAUUACAUCUAGGCUAAUUACAUUUUUACAUGAGGCUUUGCACUGAUUUGAAAAGUAUAAUUUUCUAGGAUGAAGCGAUUGUCUAUCUUUCCAGUAAGGUUACUUCCAAACGUAAAGGGCCGAGUCCUGCAAGAUGCUUAACUGCCACCAGUUAAGCAUGUUCAGCAUUUUACAGGAGAGUUAUGUGUGCCUCGCAGGAUUACAUCAAAUUAGUUACCUUAUUUAAGUUACCUAAUUUGUUAAUUUUAAAUUUUUAUAAUUUGCCUUUCGUGAGCCCUAUGCUGUUACACAGAAUUGCUUUGAACGCUCAGAAUGUUCUCAGAAAGUCUUUUUGUAUUUGCUUUUCUGUGCCUUGUUCCUUACGUUUUCCGAACAGUAGGUAAUACCUGUGUGUUUGUAACAGAAAAUGGGAAGAUGUGAGCUCAUCGAAUGUUUUUUUUUCAAAAGUUUGAAGCGUCUGAUACCCAAAGUCUUUGUACAUUUGUAAUUUUAAAUGUAUUAAUGCUCUCAGUGAACUAUUUAUUGUUUUAAAAGAAAUUACUAAGAAGUGAAACUUUGUGAUGAAACUUGCACUGUUUGCAACUGAAUACAGCUGAACUUGAAC